GUUUUGUUGUGUGGAUGAUGUGAUUCCUUUAGUUGACAUUUCUCCUUUCUUAUUUGGCCACAAGGUAUCACAGAGUCAACUCAGUAGCCCACUUUGGCAUAGGUAUAGGACUCUAUUUUUCAAUAACUAAUAACACUAUUAUAUACCUUUUAUUUCCUACCUAUACUUGUCCUUGAGCCCCAAUUUUCUCAUCUACUUUACAUUGUUUUGUUUUAUUUAAUGCAUUUUGGAGGCUUCUCCUCUGACACGGCACUCCUUCCUUCUGAGUUCAUUUUUCUUCUUGCCAACAUACAUUAGAAGUUCUUUCAUUAAAGGAGGACUGACACCUUUCCAAUAUUGGGUCUUCUUUUAUUCAGUUCUGGAGACUGGAAGUCCAAGAUGAGAGUACUGGCAUGGUUCUGGUGAGGAUACUUCUUACAGAUGGCCAUCUUCUCUCUGUGUGCUCAUGUGGGGGAAGGGAGACAACAUAUCUGGCUCAUUGACAAGAUCACAAUCUGAUUUCAAAGAUGUGUUCUACAAACCCAGGCAACUGGGUCACAUUUGAUGAUGACCCCGAAUUUCAGACUUCUCAAAGGUCAAAGAAUUUACCUCUGGAAAAUCAAGGCAUCUGUAGGCCAAAUGGACUUAAGCUGAACCUUUCUGGUCCUAAGGAGUUUCCCAGUGGAUCUUCCUCCACCAGUAGUACCCCUCUCCCCUCACCCAUCAUAGACUUUUACUUCAGUCCAGGACCUCCAAGUAACUCUCCUCUUUCUACACCUACCAAAGACUUCCCAGGAAUUCCUGGCAUCCCUAAAGCAGGGACUCAUGUGCUCUAUCCUAUUCCAGAAUUAGCUUCAAACAGUCCACUCACAACACCUGGAGCAGAUUCUUCCUUAUCGCCUACUCAACCAACCUGUUUAUCACAUGCUCCCUUUCCCAGUGACCUCUCAUGUCCACAUCCAGCUCCCAAAGUGGGUCUUCCAGAUGAAGUCAGUUCUCCGCAAACUGAAAGCCUAGGGUUCCAAAGUGAUGCUCUCCAGUUUCAGUAUUUCCGGGAAGACUGUGCCUUUUCAAGUCCAUUUUGGAAAGAAGAAGGCAGUGCUUCUCAGUUCACCUUUGACCCUCCAGGAAGCAGAAAGGGGUUCCCAUCAAGAGACAAAGAAAUGACAAUCGAUCAAAAAAGCCUAAACCAGUGUUCACUCAACUACAUCUGUAAGAAGCUUGAACAUCUGCAAUCAGCUGAGAACCAAGAUUCAUUUGGAAAUUUGUCCAUGCAAUGUCUCUAUGCUGAAGACACCACCUCUUCCUUUGUUCCCCUCACUCUUUUCAGGAGUCAGCCCAAAACUGGAUGGUCUUUCAUGUUGAGAAUUCCUGAGAAGAAGAACAUGAUGUCCUCCCGUCAGUGGGGACCAAUUUUUUUAAAAGUCUUGCCUGGAGGAAUUUUGCAAAUGUAUUAUGAGAAGGGGUUAGAAAAACCAUUUAAAGAGUUACAACUUGAUCCACAGUGCAGACUUUCUGAACACAAAAUUGAGAACUUUAGUGUAACAGGAAAAAUCCAUACUGUGAAGAUUGAACAUGUGUCUUACACAGAAAAAAGAAAAUACCACUCUAAGACAGAAGUUGUUCACGAGCCAGACAUAGAACAGAUGCUAAAGUUGGGGUCCACAGAGUACCAUGACUUCCUCGACUUUCUGACUACUGUGGAGGAGGAGCUGGUGAAGCUGCCAGCUGUUUCAAAACCAAAAAAGAAUUAUGAGGAACAAGAAAUUUCCCUUGAAAUUGUGGACAACUUUUGGGGUAAAAUCACCAAAGAAGAAGGAAAAUUGGUUGAAAGUGCUGUGAUAACUCAAAUCUCUUGCCUCUGCUUUGUGAAUGGGAACACGGAAUGCUUUUUAACGUUGAAUGAUCUUGAGUUGCAGAAGCGAAAUGAACACUAUUUUGAAGCAGACCCAGAAAAGAAGGGGAUUGAUAUUCUGGAAUAUCAUUUUCAUAAGUGUGUGAAAGCACAAGAAUUUGAGCAAUCGAGAAUCAUUAAGUUUGUACCCCUGGAUGCCUGCCGGUUCGAGCUGAUGCGCUUCAAGACUUUGUAUGGCGGGGAGGAUCUCCCGUUUUCCCUGAAGUCUGUAGUGGUUGUCCAGGGGGCAUAUGUGGAGCUUCAGGCCUUUGUCAACAUGGCCCCCCUGCUUCAGAGAUCAUCCCAGGCCAGUUCCUUGAGGUCCUGUGACAACAUAAUGAUACACUUUCCUGUCCCAUCACAGUGGAUCAAGGCUCUCUGGACUAUGAACCUCCAGAGGCAGAAGUCCCUGAAAGCCAAAAUGAACCGCCGGGCAUGUCUGGGGAGUUUGCAUGAACCUGAGUCUGAACCUGUCAUCCAGGUCACCUUGGGGUCAGCAAAAUAUGAGAGUGCCUACCGGGCCGUGGUAUGGAAGAUAGACCGGCUUCCUGAUAAACAUUCAAGCCCGGAUCAUCCCCAUUGUUUGUCAUACAAACUGGAACUUGGGUCAGACCAAGAAAUCCCCUCCGAUUGGUAUCCAUUUGCUACUGUUCAGUUUGGGGUACCUGACACCUCUGCCUCGAGGACGGAGGUCAGGUCUCUGGGGGUGGAGAGUGACGUCCAGCCGCAGAAACACGUUCAUCAGAGAGCUUGCUACAACAUCCAGGUUGAAAUAGAAAAGAAAUGGAUUAAAAUCGACGGAGAAGACCCAGAUAAAGCCAGUGACUGCAUAACUCAGUAGGAGUAGCAAGAGUGAAUGAUGACGACCCACUUUUCAUACAGUUAAUUUACAGAAACCACACACAGUUCUGCUGCCGCAUAGUGGCAAUGACUUCUGAAUAGAGGGCUAAGGACAGGUCCAGUGGCUGUGUUUAGAGAAGUUUAGACCUGAAACCAAACAACAUAUUUUCUGCUUUUGAUAUGUUUGUGCCCCACACAUUUGAUCUAAAUUGUGUCUAUAAUUUGUGUGAUGUUUCUGCUUCCUAUUGAAACUCAAAGGUGCUGUUAUUCAAUGUGUGGCCCAACAGCCAGCUUGGCUAAAGGGUUUUUGGGUUUUGAUUACUCAGUGGCUGAUUGUUUUGUGCUCUGGAUUACCCGGGUGUCGUAUUUAUUAUCCUGUAGUCCCUACUUCUUCUUGCUAUGUCCGCACCUGUCCUGGAGGGUGAGCCAAUCAGAGGAAACAAACCACAAUACUGAAUUUUCCCUCUUGCUCGUCUCUGAAAUGUGGCUAGGCGCAGAAUGAUGCUGAAACCACAAGCUAAAGUGGAGGAGAUGUGGCAGUGUCUGUGAUUUUGAAUGAUUAUCUUCCUGUCCUCUUACCACAUUGUGAGUAAUCAUCAGCUGUGUUUGGUACCUGUCUUUCCCUUGUGGUAUUAUUGUUUUAAAAAAUGUAUUAGUAUUCUGAUGUGUGUUGCAAAAAUCUAUUUCUGUUGAUAUAUAUAUAUAUUAGUACAAGUCACUAAGACCUAUUGCCUUUCACUAAGACAGAUUUCUUUAAAAAUGGAAUCUCAGUAUUGGACACUAGUUAAAAUAUUUAUGUACAUUAAAGAUGAGUUUUUAAAGUUCAUGAAUCUUUCCCCAAAGUACAGACUCUUAAGAAUGUGUUUUGAUAAAGUUUUAUUUGUGAUUAACACAAGCCUUUCUUGAGUAGAAGUCUAACUCAUAUUAUGAUUAUUUUAAGCUAGUUCUACUAAAUUUAGAGUAUUUUUCUUUAAAAGAAAAAGGAAAGGCACGAGAUUAUUUUCCCUAGAUUUUUAAGAAGUGACAUUUUAUUCUUCAGUUAGCUAAAUGCUUGGUUUCUAAUGAAAAUCCAAUGGCAUUCACAGUUAUAAUUCUGCUUAUAAUUUCCUUUCAAUAUUUACAGCAAAAGGUCAAAUUAAAAAAUUUAUGAAAUCUAUAUUCUAGAUAUUUCUUAGCCUGAAAAACAAAGUCUUCCAUUUGGUAUUAAUACACCUUUAGUUUAUGUUGACUCUAAAAUAUUAUUAGGAGGUAUUUUUCUCUAUUUACCAGAUUUGUUUUGAAUCAACCUGAUAUAAUAAUGUUCUCCCAAACAACAUUUAUUUGUCAGCCCAGAGUUUAUGUCUUAUGUUUUAUUUAAUAUUGUGUUACAUUCAUUGUACUGUGUUCCAAAACCAGAUUAAAGCAAACAUGUAUGAUGGUUUGUAUCAAUCAGCAGAUUUUAUUGCUUUUCAUUAUUUUGCUGUAACAGCAAGGAAUGCAAAAGUUGACUGUUAAAAUGAAUUGUUAUUGCUCUUUUUAACUCUACUUGAUGCAUUCUUCAUAAUAUCAUAUGCUUGAGACUCACUGUUGAUGUAUAGAGGGGCACAUCUGUAUGUACAUUAUGUUAAAAAAAAUCUGCCAUCUUUCUCCAUCAUCCGCUGCAGCACAUUCUGGAGCGACUUCAGUUUGCUCAUUGCUCAACACAAGCACGGAGAUGUCUGGAGGUGAUGCUGCUCCAGCUCCCAGGGAAGUCAGCGGGGUUAGUUACUGCCAUUGCUUUCAAAUCUGUUUGGUGGCAUCCUGCCUAUAAACAACUCAGACUCUGAUUCACUUGAACUUAAUGAAUAUUUACACCUCAAAAUAAUUUCAGCCAAGGGUUCAAUUAAUUACCCCUCAUGCUGCACAGGUUGCCUGGUAUCUGUGGCUGCCUCACUGCUGGGGUCACUUACUUCUCAGCCAUCCAGGUUUCAGGAGCAUCUCAAGAUUCACUGUUGGAAACACAGUAACAAACCGCUGACUAAAGCCCAAAUUGAGUUUCCACUGCAAUGCAGAGGUUGAUAGCAUUAACAGCGGGGUACUAUGGCAUAAUUGUUAAUUUGCACAUCUAUUAGGAUCCUUAAAUAUUCAUUACUUAACGUUAAAUUAACAUUCUUUUAAGGGAGGAGAGGCUUUUUUAUACAAUUCUUCUGACCUCAGAAAUGGCAGGUCAAAUGUGCUAUAAGUGAAAAAUCAGGUAGGGUCCACUUAGACUUACACAUUAAGAAGUAGACUCUCCUUUGCUAGAAAGUAAACGAUGAUCUUAGAGACAACAACUACAAUAACAUAAACCCCUGCUUUUAAGGUUGGGAAGGACAGAAGAGAGUGAAGGAGGAACUACUCCUUUCCAGGAUUUUAGUUUAGGUAAUGUAGAUGAACCCUUUCUGAGUUUGACCAUUCAGGGGCCAGUCAUGUGACUGACGCAUGGCCUGCUUCCAAGGACUGGACCAGUGUCUGACUAGCUGACCUGCUCCGGUUGUUCAGGUCUGGUCGUCUUACCAGUCAAAGGAUCAUAUUAACUGUGUAAGUGAAUUCAUGGCUUGAUGAUUAAUUACCUGAUCAAUUGUACAGAUCAGAAUUUAAGGACAUUUUCUUUUUCUAUGGGAAUAGAAAUAGCGUAUUCAUUUAAAAAGGUAUGAACAAAUACUUUUCAGCACAUAAAUAAAGGCUGGAUGUGUUUUGAAAACCUGAUUUAUAUAUUAGUUCUAGGGUUUAGUCCCUUCAUUCUGAAGCUGUGUGUAUGAUAGUACCCUUUUCUUAUAAAUUCAGUUAGCAGGCCUUCCUUAAUAAUGAUGAAGUAUUAUAUCGCACUUAAAAUAUUACUUUGUCAUAGCAACACAAAUAUAAAACAGAUUGAGCCUUAAUAAUUGUGUAACAAAGUAUUUGGUAGAUUGCAUAUUGGUUUUUAAAAAUUAAAGAUGUAUUUCAAAUGA